UGGCGCGUUAACCAUAACACAGACGUCAUACGUCAACAUCGUCGCUCCGCAGAACAGCAGCUGGCGUUGGGCUCAAAACUCCUUCAUCAUGGACGUGGUUAUUUUGUCAUAGCCCACCGACUAGAAUAAAAGAACAAUGCCCGGUCUGGUCCGCAAACUGCUCAUCUUUGCCGCCGUCGAUGGCCUCGUGCUGCAGCCAGCACCACCCCGCAACCACAAACCCACUACCGAACAAGCCAUUAAACUCGACUAUAAGACAAGCAGGAUCCGCCCACUUCUGAAAGAUCGUAGGGAGGAGGACACUGCGCCAAAUGCAUUGGAGGUUCAUGGCAUCGUGGGGUUGUUGAGAGUAGCCUCGUCCUCGUAUCUGAUCUCUAUAUUACGCCGUGAAUUAGUGGCUCAGAUUCGUGGUAAGCCGGUAUACUCGAUAGCAGAAGUUGCCCUCAUUCCGCUGUCGUCCCAGACAGACGCCGAGAAGGCCAUUAUUCGUGCGCGGGAGUCGCAGAAGCGACACAACGAACAAAAUCAGCCAGAUUCAAGCUCGGAUAGCGAGUACGACCGCAACAGUGAAGAUGAGAGAGAUGAUAUUUCCCUCACAGACGAGUCGAUGCCUUCCUCGCCGCCUUCGGAACCAAGCAACGCAGCGCACAAGAGAUCGACAAGCAUUGCUCAAGAAGUGAUACAGCAGAGAGGUAUAUAUGGCAGAUUCACACAGAAAUGGUUCUCAAGAGCGGGCUGGAAGGCAGACAAUCGCCGGAACCAGGGCUUGAGCAAUGAAGAAGAUCUUGUAAGACUGCCCACUAACGAGCAGCUUACCCCGGUCAAUCAUGCGCCAUCUGAGUCCCAGGAGCAAGCUGGCAGAGAUACUUCUUCUGCAGAGGAAGGUCAUGUUGAGCAUACAUCUUUGGACAACAAUCCACCAAAGGAAGUCGAACCCGCACUGGAGAAGGAUUCUCAAACGGAAACCAUCCCCUUGCUGCCCAAGCUUCUCAACGUGACAAAGAUGUUCUUUGGCUCAAAAAACUUUUACUUUUCCUACGAUUAUGAUUUGUCACGUAGUAUAUCCAACCAGCCAAGUUUUUCUGCAUCGUCUAACUCCAUUUUCCGCACGUUUGACCCCUUGUUCUUCUGGAACCGUCAUUUAAUAGACCCAUUCAUUGAUGCUGGUCAAUAUACCUUCGUGCUCCCGCUAAUACAAGGGUUCGUUGGCCAACGGGCAUUUACGGUGGAUAAACCCUCGAACCAUGACUGGCAUGUAACUGCAGAGGCGAACAAAGCGGAAGACGUUAUAGCUACUCAGGGAAGUGCGACUGAUUCUCAGACUGAGGCACUUACAGAUGCGGGUAUCGCUGCUAAGCAGCAUGAAAACGCCGACAAUGAAUUUCUCCUCACCUUGAUUUCAAGAAGAUCCAUCAAUCGUGCUGGUCUUCGAUACCUGCGACGCGGUGUCGAUGAAGAAGGAAAUGUAGCAAAUAGCGUCGAGACUGAGCAGAUUCUUUCACCAUCUUCCUGGGACGAAACUUCGAAGAUUUACUCAUUCCUUCAGUGUCGCGGCUCCAUUCCUCUCUUCUUUUCCCAAAGUCCGUACAGCUUGAAGCCGAUCGUGCAAACAAGCGGAUCUUGGGACCAGAAUGCUACAGCCUUUCGCUUACAUUUUCAGCAUCUGUUCGCGCGAUAUGGACAAGUGCAGGCUGUUUCUCUCGUAGAAAAACACGGUAACGAAGCAAAGAUUGGCAAUGCAUAUGAAAAACAUGCAAAUGCGCUGAACAGUCAGGGUGGCAUCAGUGGUCAAGGUAAUUUACUAGCGUUCGAGUGGUUCGACUUCCAUUCAGUCUGCCGGGGAAUGCGCUUUGAGAAUGUUUCGCAGCUUUUCGACAUUCUGAGGUCCAAACUAUCCGAGUUCGCGUGGACUGUGCAAAAGGGUGACCAGAUAGAGCAGAAACAGCAGGGAAUUUUGAGAACUAAUUGUAUGGACUGUUUGGACAGGACGAACGUUGUGCAGUCCGCGUGUGCAAGAAAUAUCCUUGAGCAACAACUUAAGGAUCAGAACAUAACAAUCGAUUUGCAGAACGAUCCGCGAACAACAUGGUUUAACUCUAUAUGGGCUGAUAAUGGCGAUGCGAUUUCGAGGCAGUAUGCUGGAACUGCGGCCUUGAAGGGCGACUUCACAAGGACACGAAAGCGCAAUGUCACUGGUGCGCUGAACGACUUCGGACUUACACUGACUCGAUACUACAACAACAUUGUCAACGACUAUUUUGCGCAGAACGUCAUCGAUUACAUUCUUGGGCGUGUCGAUGAGAACAUCUUUAUUGACUUCGAGGCGGACAUGAAAGCACAAGACUAUGCUAUCGAUAUGAGAAAAGUGAGACAAAAUGCCAUCGAAACGUGUCGCAGCAUCUGUAUAGAGAACGAGAGUGAGGACUUGGUUGCAGGAUGGACGCUCAGCAGCCCUCGAGAUGCUGGAUCCCUGCGAACCCUUCCGUUCGAGGAGUGCGUAUUGCUCCUUACGGACGAGGCGCUGUACUUUUGUCGCAUGGACUGGACCACCGAGAAAGUUCGACAGUUUGAGCGCAUUGAACUUGAGCACAUUACAGCGAUUGCGAAAGGGGUUUACAUAACGAGUACCUUGGCAAAGAGGGAAAUGGAUGAGAGGAAGAACUAUGGUUUUGUACUGCGGUACGAAACCCCCGGUGCUGACUUGGUCCGCCGAAAUACGCGCAGCUUAGGGAACGAAGGCAACCAGGAGAGGAGGAAACGUACUAAGGACCAAGAUUUGGUCUCAAAAUCGGAGCUGAAAUUGUUGGCGUUCAAGGCGCUGCCGCCGCGGAGCAGCUUUGUCGGACAGCAGAGCGAGCCGCAACACCCCCCGAGCGAAGACGAGAUGAUCAACACUGUCACAGAACAGAUUGCAGCUGUUGCCAAUAAAGCAAGGACACCGUCGACCCCAGGGGAGGAGGCAGCGGAGUUGCUGGAGGUAGAGGACAAGGAUAUCAUCAGUCUUGCGGACGCAAAAAAGAGCACAGGCUAUCUAGAGCAGGUGGGCUUCGCCCUGAAGAAACUCGUCUGGGCAUGAUACGACCCUAGAGGCUAGUGAUCAACAACAACGAAACCUCAGAGAGGUGAUUCGAUUACUGAAA